AUGCGCAAAGAACUCGACACAAAGCUCUGCACCGAGUUUCCUGAGCUCUACGCAAACCUUCGAUACAAGGAAUUUGAAUGUGACGACGGCUGGUAUGACAUUAUAUACCGCCUCUCCGUCAGCCUUGCCAGCAUUGUAUCCAAUCACGACGAUAUGCAACCAGAAGUCUACACCGCGGUUCAGGUGAAGGAAAAAUUCGGGGCUCUUGUAGUCUACAUGGACCGCUAUUCCGACGAGAUCGAUGAGGCAAUCGACAAGGCUAGGGAGGAGAGUCUGCGUACCUGUGAGACCUGCGGAGCUGAGGGGAAGCUGCUCAAGGAUUCGUGCUUGUGGCGGACGACUUGUGACGGAUGUGAGGUGGAAAGAGAGGAGCAAUGGCUGAGGUUUGAAGCUGGGGAUUUCGGUGCUGUUCCACCCGUGGGCGACAUGAAUUGA